CUCCUCUGAACGCAUCAGCUGACCGAUCAGAGGGAGAACCAGAAGGAGGACUUUCUGCGUUUCUUACUGAUCUUCAUUAUGGAGGAGAAUGUCCUGCCAGGAACGCAGCGCCCAAAGAACCCCGGAGAGGAGCCGAACCGGGCCAGAGGGCCCCUCCUGCAGCAGCCGGGGAACCAGCAGUCCAGCGGGGUCACCAACUUCUUCAUCGACAACAUCCUGAGGCCGGACUUCGGCCUGCGGAGGAAGGACGGCGGCUGCGGCCGGGGAGGGCCCGGAGCGGAGGCACGGAGGAAAGCCUCCAGAAGUGACUCCAAGCGCGGGGGGACAGCGGGACAGGAGCCCCUCAGGGGCCCCGCGGAGGCUGAGGCGAGGGACCCCGAACUGAUGACAGCCUGUGAUUCAGGCCCCGACAGCGGAGAGGCCCCGGCGGCCCCCGCAGCCAGGCCGAUGCUGUGGCCGGCCUGGGUUUAUUGCACCCGCUACUCCGACAGGCCCUCAGCAGGGCCCCGGUCCCGCAGAGCCCGCAGGGCCCCGGGCCCCAGCAGGGACGACAAGCGGCCCCGAACCGCCUUCAGCUCGGAGCAGCUGCAGCGGCUGAAGGCCGAGUUCCAGAACAACCGGUACCUGACGGAGCAGCGGCGGCAGAACCUGGCCCAGGAUCUGGGUCUGAACGAGUCCCAGAUCAAGAUCUGGUUCCAGAACAAACGGGCCAAGAUCAAGAAGGCCUCCGGGAAGCCGAACUCUCUGGCCCAGCACCUGAUGGCGCAGGGCCUGUACAACCACUCCGCCUGCAGGGAGGCCCGCUCCGACAGCGACUGAGGGCCGCCACCAGAACCGGCACCAGAACCCCUGAUCCGGACCUGGUAGCGGCAAACAGCGGAUUCAGAGCCGAACCUUUAACGAUUCACAUGGUUCUGUUACUACAACCCGCAGACCCACUGAGAGAAAGGUCCGGUCCGGUCCGGCAGGGGGGCUUCCAGAACCAGAUCUAUGCCGAAACCCAAAGAGAACUUCUCGCCAUCUUCUGGGUUCUGCUUGAUGGGAUCCGAGGUCCGGUUCGGUUUUGGGCCCAAAGGUUCUGUUAUUUCCUGAACACUGACCGAACCACUCUGGGACCAGGAUUAUGGACCGAACCGAGCGCGCGGCCUUAUCCUGGGUUGGACCAUUUAUUCUCUUAUUUAUAUCAACCAGUCCAGUUUACAGAACCAACCGACAUGUUCGGCGGGUCCAGAUUCUGGGUCCGAACCGGAUGUGGGCCUUUUGGUGCAGUUUUUAUUGUUUCCAAAUAAAGAUGUGAAAUUUCUA